AUGCAACGGCAAGUGGAAGAAGGGACGCGUAUGGUUGGUGGGGAAGCCACUACUCCCACAAAACACACACCACUGUUUGAAAGGGCAUCUGAAAAAUGGUGGAAAUCUCAAUUUUCCACACCGGCAUUAGAAGCACAGUAUUGGAAAUGCAGUUUUCCACAGCUCAGGGAUCGUUUUAGGUCAGGAAUUAUAUAUAUUUGCUUAACGCAUUUACUGUGGCUGUUAUACUUAAAUAUAAUUGGAAAAUUUGCUACAUUUAUACUAUUAUUUUUGUACGCCGGUUUAUUCCUCUUUUCCGUUUGUUCCUCUCGCUACUAUAGGUAUUAUAUGCCGGCUUCAUUUAUUUGCGUAUUUCUUCUUUGUGCGACAACACUGAUUGAAUUUAGUCGUGGUGCUUCACAAUUUAUGAGUCCUAUUGGCAAGUUAACUACAAGCUUUCAGGUUAUUCUACUGAUAUAUGCAUUUGUUCCGCUCCCGCUGUACUUAUGCUUUAUUAUUGGAGCAAUCUAUUCAAUACUGUUCGAAAAAUUUGCGGUUUCUGAUAUAGCGGAAACAAGCAUUCCAGGAAUAAAGUUUAUUCUACACAUUGGAAUGCAUUUGAUUGGCAUUCAUCUGUUUAUCCUGACACAAGUCCAACAACGCAAAACUUUUUUAAAAGUUGCUCAGUCGUUACUAGCCAGAAAAAACUUGGAGUCUGAAACUCAGUUCAAAGAUCAUAUGAUUCAGUCAGUUAUGCCCAAAAAGGUCGCUGAUGAGCUUUUAAGAGAAACUGUACGGCGGCCUUCAGCAAGUCAUGAUUCAAGAAACCGAACAUCUUACGUAUCCAACGAUGUUGGAAUACCAUUUUCAGCAUCAGCACCAAAUAUUCGCAAGUUCAGGCCAUUCACGAUGAAUUUAAUGACUGACGUUUCAAUUCUGUUUGCUGAUAUCGCCGGUUUUACCAAAAUGUCUUCAAAUAAGACUGCCGACGAGCUGGUGAGUCUGCUCAAUGAUUUGUUUGGUCGCUUUGAUUAUUUGUGCGGAAAGUGCAAUCUUGAAAAAAUCAGUACACUUGGUGAUUGCUAUUACUGUGUUGCGGGAUGUCCGGAACCAAGGCCUGAUCAUGCAAGAUGCUGCGUUGAAAUGGGUUUGUCGAUGAUCAUAGCCAUCAGACAGUUCGAUAUGGACAGAGGUCAAGAGGUGAAUAUGCGUGUCGGAAUUCAUACGGGAAAGGUUAUGUGUGGUAUAGUGGGAAUUAAAAGGUUCAAGUUUGAUGUAUUUUCAAACGAUGUAACAUUUGCAAAUAUAAUGGAGUCAACAGGAAUCGCCGGUCGUGUUCAUAUUUCGGAGGCUACAGCACAAUUUUUGGGUGACGAAUAUAUAUUAGAAAGUGGAAGUACCGUCAGUGGUAAAAAAAACGAAUUUAUUGAAGGUGUCAAGACGUAUUUUAUUGCUGGACGUGUUCGAGACAUUGAACGCAUGGCUUCUAGGACAGCUUCCUGUUCAGCUUCAAGUCGAGAUAAAGUAGCAAAUAAGCUGAAGGUAUUUGAAGCAGUUUCGUUGCCUGUUGUCAGAAACUAUGCAUUUUCAAGGGGCAGUUUACGUAUGAGAACUCCGGGUAAACAUCGUGAAAGUAACUCAGCACAACUGCUUCAUUAUAGCGAAUGCCUUGAUGAGAAUUCACAUGCAAGUCGCUCUCCACCGAUUGAAAAAAGACGUAAAUCAGCAUCUCUCGAAAUUCUUUCGUCAGCCAAUUCAAGGCACUUUACUAAAGCCGAAUUAAUUGGUGGCAAGUUGUCUCGCGAUAUUGUCACUGAGGAUAGUACAUGUAAUAACAGUUUGCGCGGAUCAAAAACGUCUGGGUUUCAGGUUAGGGAAAAUACAUAUUACUUUUCUGUUGGUGGUGGUAUCGAUACAGCAAUAUCAUUACAUCAAAAUGCAGCUUCUUUAUCCCGCUUCGAUACUGACAAUCGCGACUUUGAUGAGCGGCUGGCUCAAGUAAUCCAGGGGGCUGAAGUUAAUUUUACGGGCGGAUUCUAUACGCACAGCAAUGCCUUAAAUAAAUGGACAUUGCGAUUCAAAGAGUCAGCCAUGGAACAAAAAUACCGAGCACACUUUGCGGAAUCAUUUGACAAGCAGCAUUCUUCAGCCACAACUCAACCAGAACGUAGAAAUGACCCUGGGAUGGUUCAACGAUAUCGUUAUUCUGGCGUUUUUCUUGAUAUGGUAGUUGCUGCUUUACUGGUUAUCGUCUGUUUAGUUGUCUUAUUUAUUUAUCUACUUUAUAUUUACGUUCCGCUUGCCAUAAUAGUGCCGCUGUUUGCAAUUGUUUUUAUCGGCAUACCCAUUCUUAAAGGGCAUAGCACGUUCCCUUGGGCACAUCAGUGGUUGACCCGUCAUACGUUAGGAAUGACAUUGAUUAUAUUGCCAACUGGAAUUGCCUUGCUACUUGUACCUGUCUGCCACCGAUGCAUUUCAAAGGAAUUUUUGCUACAUUUCUGUUUUUCUUUUCAUUUCCGGAAGUUUGCAUAUAUAUUCUUUUUGGCACUAUUUGCGCACAGCAACUUCUCUCAGCUAGCAGCAUGGCCUAAAACGUUACAGGCAUUGAUACUUGGUAGCAUAUUGAUAUUCAUGACAUUUUUCUGGGAAUGUUUGUACUUGCCUAAUUUUCAGGACUUUCUUUACUGCAAAGUUAACAAAACCCACGAUUUCCCUGAGCCAAUAUUUACUUGGGAAAUAUGCAUUGAUGUUUUUCUUACCGUUAUUUUGGUUGGAUUUCUGAACUAUAAGUUUGAGGCUGCGUUUCGAAUAUCCUUUUUUGGUGACGUCCAAGCAAGUCGAGACACUGAACAGAUGCAAGCAGUUCGGGACCAAGCUGAUUGGCUUCUCACAAAUAUAAUUCCUCCAAACGCCAUUGAAUCACUACGCAACAGUACAAAGUACUCAGAAAAUCACGCUUUGACAGCAGUUUUGUUUGCAACAAUAACUAACUGGUACGACAUGUAUGAGGAAACUUUUGAAGGUGGACGUGAAUUCUUACGGGUGUUAAAUGAAAUUAUUGGUGAUUUUGAUGAAUUGUUGGAUCAUCCAGAAUUCUCACAAGUGGAGAAAAUUAAAACAAUCGGUUCUGCUUAUAUGGCAGCUUCUGGAUUAGAUCCUGAAAAAAUGCGUGAAGCACAAGACCCUCACGAGCAUUUAUAUCAGCUGAUGGAAUUCGCGUUAGCUUUACAACAGAAAUUGCGCUUUUUUAACCAAGACCUUUUAAACUUCGAGUUUGUGUGUAAAAUUGGAUUGAAUAUUGGUCCAGUUACUGCUGGUGUUAUUGGUACAACAAAAUUAUACUACGAUAUUUGGGGCGACACAGUCAACAUUGCAUCUAGAAUGUACAGUACUGGCGUUGAGAACCGCAUUCAGGUAAGUAUUCACCUCGAAUAA